AUGGAUCAACAUCCCAGACACGUGGAAGAUGAUAUCCUUCUGUAUUUUUAUCAUGAAAUAGAAGAGACCACUGCUAGACUUUAUUGUGACAUUUUGGAGGAAUACCACUAUUUUGGUCACGCUUCAAUCAUACCUCCGUUCUCGACAGACCAAAACUUUAAGCCGGGCAUUGUCUAUAUGUUUUGGAAUGAGGCAUUAACUCAUCGAAAUCCAGAUAUUUGGUUUGUGAUAAGAGAUUAUAAGACAGAAAACUAUUUUUUAACUAAAGUACUUCAAGAAUUGAAAUUAGCUAUGACGGACGUUUGUAGAAAAGCGUUUGAACUUGAAACGGAAGUGUAG